UCAUUGUACCGGUCACCACGGCUAGCGGCGGGUGUUUGUUUUUGUUAUUCAUUCCGGGCCGAGUCCUUUUACCUUCUUUUGAGGUCCUUGUAGGCGUACCGGGUGUCGGUGUCUGGCGUCAAAAUUAAUAUCCGAUUAGUCUACUUCUUCCGGUCAGUGUGUUCGGUCGAGUUCGGUUCUUGUUGGUGGUGAUAAUUAGUUGGUAGUUGGUUGAAGGAAUCGAAAGGUACUGCGAAGAGCGACGUCGCAUCCUACCUCAGGGAGAAUCAGUGAAAAGCCUGUGCCUUAAAUCGCAAGAAAUAAUAUUUACUCAACUGAAGCCACAAAGAAAAGUCUUGUGAAAGUGCGUGAGUGCGUGAAAAUUUCGUGUAGUGAAGUGAGCGUAAACGGAACAGGGGAUCCCCAAGCCGUCCAACGUGUUUUGUCAACGGUUCUGCCAUCCAACCACCAUCGAGUGAGGACGCAACACAGCUCACCCGAGAAGGCUAACAGCCAAGUUUUGCCCUCUUCUUAAAAUCCCCAACCCGAAAAAAAAUAAGAAAGGCGAAAAAAUACACAACGGCAGCGCGGCGCGGCAGCAACAGCGAAGGAAAAAAAAUCGAACAAAAUGGUAGACAAGCAGCAAUUUUUCCUGCCAUGCUUCGUGGUGUGCGCUAUUUUCUCAGUUCUUAUCACAGCACAAGUGCAGGUGGAUACUGACCCCAAGGAAAUUGUAGUAACUGAAAACCAGCGAAAUGUUAGUCUUCUAUGUCGCGUUGGGCGACCGAUUCAGUUUUGCACAUUCACCUUACCGAACAGCAACCAGCAGGUGGUAUUAAAUCCCGACAAUCCUGGGAAAGAUGGGAUGAGUUACUUUGGGGCAGGCUUCCAGGCGGGUGCUUGCGGAGUCACAAUCGAUCGGAUAACGACGGCCCACAACGGGCAGCUCAAGUGUUCGCUUUUCGACACCGACCGAAGCAACGAAGGGUUCAUCAACGUCGUGGUGGCAGUUGCACCCGAACAGCCCCAGAUCCAGUUGGAGAGGCCAACUUCGGCAUCUGCGUUCGAGGUCAACACCGAAAUGGUGGCCCAUUGUAUCGCUCGAUAUGGUAACCCCGCCGCUAGUUUGUAUUGGUUCUUGGACAAUGAACCCAUCUACGAGGGAGUCUCGCAACCGGAAUACCAGGAGGAGGAAAACCAAGGCUACUCAGUUUACGUGACGCUGCGACGACACAUCCUGGCCAGCGACAGCGGCAAGCAUUUGAUCUGCCGUGCCAAACACGUUGCCUACCGGGACGAAAUGUCCGAAACUAGUUUACAGAUUGUUGUCAACUACGCUCCCCAAGCCUUGCCAGAAACGACCGUCCAUGGACUGACGCUGGGACGCACCGUUGAUGUGACAGUGGCGAUCCAUGCCAACCCAAUGCCACAGGUUACGUGGACUGUGGACGGAGUGACCAUCGAACAGGGUCAGGAACAUGAUCGGUACGCGGCUCGUGUCCCGGAGCGAUUGGAAAACGGUGCCUACAACGUCACCCUCACGAUCGCCGGCCUCACGCUGGAGGAUCUCUCCAGACGGUACCAGCUGCAGGCGUCCAACCAGGUUGGCAUGCAGGACUACACCAUUUUGCUCAGUUCGCAGAAUGCCGAAGUGGACGAGUCGGGCGGCGUUGGCGUCGGUGGCAUCAUCGGAAUUGUCCUGGCGGCACUGAUCGUACUGGUUGCCAUCGCACUGAUCAUCAUGGCCCGAGCCACCGGUAGAUGGUGCUUCCGAGUUCCCCCGGCCACCGGUGAACUGAACCCGGACUCGGAGGCGCAUAUCACGCCCCACUCGCACGAGGACCUGCACGACGAGAAGCUGCAGCAGCAGAACCCGGCCGCCCACUACGAAAGUGAAGACCCCCGGACCACCGAUGCUGGCGCCGAUGGUCAGCAGAAGAAUGGAAAGCACGAAAACGGAAAGCAGCAGGCGGCCGGUGGAAAGAAGCAGGAAAAUGGAAAGGCCAACGAUAGCAAAACCAACACCCCGGUGUAGGCGGGCGGAAUGCUGAAUGGAUAAUUGAACGAUAUUUAGGCUAAGUACCAAGCUAGUGGCAACAACAACGGUUUCUGCCAGGACAAUGGAGACGCACGGUUUUUUUUCUGUUCGAAAAAUCGUAUCAGAUGAAAGGCUUGGUUGAAAAACGAAUAUCUCAGAAUGAUUUAUAAUCCCGUGCUAAAAGGAACUGACAAAAAACAUAUGACUGGACUUCAUUUUAGCGUUGGACGACGCUCUUCGGAAAACAAUAGUCUGACAAAUCAACGAAAAAGUGUGGAACAGAAAGCCAAACGGACUACCAUUUCUCAUACUCUGGACUGUAAAAGCAAAAAUAAUGGGAAACGAAACUCAAAGCUCUAAAACUGCAAAACCCACAAACAUUUAGAAUAGAUACACAAAUAUUCCAUUAGCUUUUGACAGUGACAAGCACACUACUGACGGCGACGACAACUCCAAUUGAGCUGAAGAUGAAAAAUGUACUUAAACGUCCGCAGCAGGACGAACGGCAAAAGAAGCAUUUGUUUUAGAUUUUAGCUGGGGCCUUCUUUCUUUGUUCCAAAACGCUGAACAGGAAUGGGGGGUUCCGAUGACGAAGAUUGUUAUUAAAUUAUCUAGUUAAACGAAACAAAUCUGCACGGCUAACAUGGCGCAAAUGUCCUUAAACGAAUCGGAAAACUUUUUCUCGGUGUUUAGUUAAUCGAUUGAAAUCAUAUCUCUUAAAAUCAAAUCUCCCCUCCACUAGGAUUAGGCUAACAAGAAGCGCGACGUAUCAAAUCAACUGCACAAAGUGUCCAUAUUCAGGAGGAAGAAGUGCGUGCCCCCUUCCACGGGGACCGCCGAGUAGCCGUAUUCACAAUUUAGCAUAGUACUAACAACCUUUCCUUACGUAGCGUUAGAUGAUAGUCAGAUUUUGGGUAAGCAAAUUCAAUAUUUAUAAGAAGUCCGGAGAAGCAAACCGUUGGAUCAUAGUUAGGAUCGAUAACGAUUUUUUUAAUUUAAAACAAAUGUAUUUUGUCUUAUUUUAGCUCACUUUCAAAUAUCUGGUGAAACGUUGAUAUAUGAAAGAUUUUCGAUUUUACGAAAAAAAAUGAAUAAAAACAAAAAUAUAGUGCCCACAAUUAUCGCUUAAGAAUCUCAAUUCAAAUGAUCUGAUUGUCUAACAAAGGUAUUUUUUAAUCCCGAAAAUGAACUUAACUUUCAAUUAUACAGUAUUCGAUAAAUUUCCACGACACUCAAUAAGUAUUCUUAUCUAAGUAAAUUUUUACGUUUCAUUCCUUUAUACCGUGUGAACCGAUAAAGUUUGUACAUACAAAGAUAAAGCGAUCGUAAAUAAAGAUAGAGAAUAAUAAAGAA